AUUGCGAGAUGUAAUUCGGUCUUUUUCCGCCAAGUAGCCACGAGAAGUGCACGUUUUAACCCGCACAGCGAAAAUGGCUGCAAGACCGUUGAUCAGCGUUUAUGAUAAUAAGGGUGCCGGCACUGGCGUCAAUGUCACCCUGCCAGCAGUGUUCAGAGCCCCCAUCAGGCCAGACAUAGUGACAUUUGUGCACUCCGAAAUGAGGAAGAACUCAAGGCAGCCAUACGCUGUCAGCAAAUAUGCUGGUCACCAAACAUCUGCUGAGUCCUGGGGAACUGGACGUGCUGUGGCUCGUAUCCCCCGUGUACGUGGAGGUGGUACCCACAGGUCUGGCCAGGGAGCCUUCGGUAACAUGUGUCGUGGAGGACGUAUGUUUGCACCAACCAAGACCUGGCGUAGGUGGCAUCGCAAGAUCAACAUCAACCAGAGGCGUUAUGCUCUGUGUUCAGCCAUUGCUGCCACAGGAAUCCCAGCCUUGGUGAUGUCCAAAGGCCACAGAAUAGAAGAAUUACAGGAAGUACCUUUGGUGGUCUGUGAUAAGGUCCAGGAAUUUAAAAAGACAAAGGAGGCUGUCAGUUUGUUGAAGACUCUAAAAGCAUGGAACGACAUUCAGAAGGUUUACAACUCCAAACGCUUCAGAGCAGGAAAAGGUAAAAUGAGGAAUAGGCGCCGUAUCAUGCGAAGAGGCCCCCUGGUUAUUUAUAAAGAGGAUAAUGGCAUAUCCAAAGCAUUCAGAAAUAUUCCAGGUAUUACCCUCAUAAAUGUUUCACGUCUGAAUCUUCUAAAAAUUGCACCUGGUGGCCAUGUUGGACGUUUCUGUAUUUGGACAGAGGGUGCAUUCAGACAAUUGGAUGAAUUAUACAAAUUUAAAAUUCCUGACCAGAAAAUGGUUAAUACUGAUCUUGGAAAACUUUUAACAUCAGAUGCUAUCCAGUGUGCUAUAAGAGCUCCAAAACGUCAAAUGAAGAGGAUUACCAGAAAUAGAAUGAAGCCAAGGAAGUUUUUACCUGAUAAUAUGCCUAAGAGUAAGAAGGUCAAAGCUGCUGCUGCCGCUGCCAGAGCAAAAUCUGGUCCUGCCAAGGGAAAACCAGUAGUAGCCAAGGGCAAGGGAAAGGCAAAGAAGUAGAGGCCUUUUUGUCUUUUCAUAAAAAAUAUAAUGAACAGUUGGAAUAAACACCAUGCAUGGACAGCCUGUUUGUGGACACCAUUGUGAGCACAGCGGCAGACCAACACGUUCUCCAUUAAAAGUUACAGAUGUUA